AUGCCUGAGAAUAACAUGAUCUAUCGGAGGCUGGGUAACUCUGGUCUCCAUGUUUCUGUCAUUAGUUUGGGAGGAUGGAUUACCUUCGGUGGUGACGUUGCCGACGAUGCCACGGAGAAGUGCAUGAAGCAGGCGUACGACCUCGGAAUUAACUUCUUCGACACGGCAGAGGCCUACGCCGGUGGAAAAUCCGAGAUUGUAAUGGGAAAGGUUAUCAAGAAUGCUGGAUGGAAGAGAAAUGAUCUUGUCAUUAGCACAAAGAUCAACUGGGGUGGCGCCUUUGGGGAAGUCAAAGUCAACAACUACGGUCUCUCGCGAAAGCACGUUAUUGAAGGUACAAGGGCUUCCCUCGAACGAUUGCAGCUCGAAUACGUCGACAUCAUCUACGCCCACCGCCCGGACCGUCUGACACCAAUGGAGGAAGUCGUGCGGGCCUUUAACUUUGUCAUUGAAAAGGGCUGGGCGUUCUACUGGGGCACAUCGAUGUGGUCCGCUGAUGAGAUAGCCGAGGCGUGCGGAAUUGCCAAGAGGCUCGGGCUCAUCGCGCCCAUUGUCGAGCAGCCUCUGUACAACAUGUUGGAUCGUGAGAAGGUUGAGGGCGAAUACCAGCGGCUGUACGAGCGUGUUGGUCUUGGCUUGACCGUCUUCUCGCCUCUCAAGGGCGGCCGUCUGAGUGGCAAGUACAAUGACGCGGUUGAGAAGCCGCCGGCUGGAUCACGGUUCGCGGAGAGCAAGGACGGAUACUCGAAGGGGAUCCGUGACCAGUGGCAAAGCGAGGAGUCUGCAAAGGUUCUGCAGCAGGUUCGAGCUGUCAAGACCGUCGCCGAUAAGCUCGGAGUCAAGCAGUCCCAUCUCGCUCUUGCCUGGGCGAUCAAGAACGAGAACGUUAGCUCAAUCAUCACUGGUGCCUCUCGGCCGGAGCAGAUUGUGGACAACGUCGAAAGUCUCAAGGUGCUUCCACUUCUGACACCAGAGGUUCUCGCCGAAAUCGACGAGGUUCUCGGCAACAAGCCUACCGUGGAGCCUGCUCGGUUUGGAUAG